AUGGCUCUAGAACUCGUAGAGCUGUGCGAGAAGUCUGAGGAGGAACCCUUGGCCAUGUCUUCCGCCGCGGCGUCUCCGGCCUGCGGAGAGCACCAUCACCAUGAUCACCACAUCCACGGUCCUCUUGAUCGCUCAAAGGCCUUGGGCAUUGGCAGCUUGAGUUUUGAGCCAAUCUUUAAUGAGAAGUACAAUGCCAACCGGGUGGCCAGGGAGACAAUGGGCUUCCUUUGCUUGCAGAGGCUUCUGCCCAUCCUGAUUGGAUUGCUGACUGCAGCAGCUGCCGUCGUCGUGGGCUACAUCAGCGAACUUCUUGGGGAUCUUCGGACUGAAAAGGUCAAUGGGCUCAUUGUGGAGCAUGGGAUGCUGGUGGCCUGGCUGGCAGAAUUUGCCAUGAUGAGCGGCCUGGCACUGGCUGGUGGCUUCCUAGUGUAUUGUGGGGACAUCUCUGGCACCAAAACCGCUGGGUCCUCCGGCAUUCCGCAGCUCAUCGGUCUGCUGAAUGGUUGUGAUUUGAAGGGCGAGUUCAGUCUGAGGCACGGCUUGGUGAAGUGGUUCGGCGUGUGUUUGGCCGUGGCCUCCGGUCUGGCCGUGGGCCCUGAAGGCCCCAUGAUCUUCAUCGGUGCCUCCAUCGGCUUCUUUUGCUCCAGGUUGCCUCAAAACCCCACGGUUUGGAGAGUCUUGGGCACUCCUCCAGCCACGGUGGGUGAUGAUGUGUACACCCGGGACUAUACCUCCAUCGGUGCUGCCUGCGGUAUCGCAGCCGCCUUCCGCGCGCCGAUCGCAGGGACCCUUUUUAUUGUGGAGGAGGCCUCCUCACACUUCAAGAAGGAUCAGAUGGCAAAUAUUUUCUACGGAGGCCUGGCUGCUGUGGAGGUGAUGUUGCUCGCUGGUGGAGCUGGAUCCAUCCUGGAGUACAAGGUGCAAGUGGGUCCAGGUUGCAGUGAAAUCCCUGAUUGGACCUUGGUCUUUUGCAUCGUCGUGGGCCUCCUGUGUGGACUCCUGGGCGCCGCCUUCAACGCCUUGAACAUCCAGGUAAUGGUGUGGAGAUCAAAGUAUUGCAAGCCGACGAUGCCCCACCGUCGUGCGUUGGAGCUGGUGAUCCUUUGUGCCCUGAGCUCCACCGGCUGGUUGGUGGCCGCGAGCUUCUUCGGAGAGCGCGAGGCGACUUCCUCAGCUUUGCUUCCACAAAGUAGUGGUUGUAUUAAGGACGAUCUCAAAAAUCAGCUCAUCACCGGUUCCCAAGUGGAAGCCUCCACGAAGGGUGGACCGGUCCAACGCCUUUUUCCUGCCCCGUGCUUGUAUGGCCUACAAUACAACACCGCAUGCCGUGAGGUCCAUCAACAAGCGGGAAGCAACAGUUAUGCAAAAAGAUGCGUGCAAGCUGUGAACACUUCAAGCAUGCGGGCACGUCCUGACUUCCAGGACUACUGCUGCAGCUUUAGCGAUCUGAACUCCUUGAUGAGUGGUGAUUAUCAGGUGCCAGGCAACGCCUCUUGUGCCAUGGAUUUGGGGAAGGCGGCGCCCAGCUUGACUGGAGGUGAUGGAGAGAGCUUCAACUCCGUUGGUUUGCUGAGUUUGGUGCCCUUUAAGACAGCUUGCCAAAAUCUCUUCGAACGUGGCAUCCCCCAUGCAGUCACCUUGGAGGCUAUGGGGGUCUUCCUCGUGAUUUUCUUUGUUUUGGCGGCGCUCACCGCCGGGUCAGCGAUCCCAUCGGGGCUGCUGAUGCCACAGAUGGUCAUCGGUGGCCUUAUAGGGCGGAUGCUGGCUUUGGCCACGCUGAAGCUGCAGAGCAGCCAGGGCCAAGGCUCGUUCUGGGCUGAGCCGUACCGAGUGUUGUUCGACGAAGGCUUGUUGCCGGGCGACUCGUCCAUGGUCUUCGGCACCUUGGGGCUCUUGGACCCGGGCAUCGGCGCCUUGAUCGGUGCCGCCGCCUUCCUGGGCGGCAGCGGCCGGGUCACGCUCUUCACCACGAUCAUGAUGGUGGAGAUCACAGGGGAUCCAGUGAUGAUUUUCCCUGUGGGCUUUGCGACCAUCUUUGCCGUGCUCAUGGGCAACAUGAUCAACCACGGCCUUUAUCACUCCCUCAUCGAUGUGCAGUCCACCCCAUACUUGCCAGACACAUGGCAAGCUGAUCAGCUACCUCCAGGAAUCCUGGUCCGAGAUAUGAGACCUCAAAACCCGCCCAUCAUGGUCUCCUUGAAGCGGGGGCGUGAGGGCAUCAAGAAAGCUCUCAAAGGAAAUGACUUCACGGGGUUCCCGCUGGUGGAUGAGAUCGAAGUGUUGAGGGAUGCAAAGCCAGACAACACCGAUGAUGACUUUGAUGGCAACCACGUGGUGGUCGUGGGCAUGUGUGACCGCAAGGACUUAGAGGAGCUACUGGAAUCGGAAGAUGAGAUCACGGCGGAAAGGUUGAAGCAGUGCUCCAACCUGUAUCCAGUCACGGUGCGAGACAACUUCCCUUUGCAAAGUGCCUACCAGCUCUUCAAGAGCAUGGACAUGAAGAACUUGGUCGUCGUGGACGAUAACCACCGACCCGUGGCGGUCAUGACACGCUUCGCCUUCCUGGCCUGGCGCGUCGCGGAGAGGCUGCCGGCAGACCGGCUCGAAGAACUUCAGAAGCGGGAGAGACAGAGGCAGGCGGAGGACGGUCGCUGGGCCUUUGGUGUUAGAGGAGCGGAUGUUCAGGGCAGGGAGACAGCCCCCAUCCGCAACGAGAAGGCGGGCACCUGGGUGUCCCACAUGGUGUUGCUCGCCCACAUGGCGAGAGGUCAUCCAACUCAUCCAAUCACCUUCGAAGGAUUGGCCAGGAUGUUGUCCACCGUGAAGCGCAACCAGAAGCCCACCAGCAGGAGAGCCAACAAGAUCUUCAAACACGGGCGCGGAAGGCUGGAGAGAAGCAUGAUGCGAGGGGUUCUGCGCUGGCGCAGUGGUGGAAAAGCUUGCAGAAUUUGCGUUCCCUCCCGUGGUUUACUCCUUCCGUGGUCCCAAUCGACCUCUUCUUUUUCCGACGAAUCUUUUCGAGGCUAUAUAGUCAACAUGGCGAUUCCCAAGGAGAAGUUCCCGUCAGCCGACGACUUCUCCGCAGACGAGUACGACGUGGACGGCUCCGGCGCCGUGGGCUGGUACGAGUUCGUGACGGUGUGGCGCAAGGCGGAUGUCUCGGUGAAGUUGUCCUUGCCGGAGCGCUUCUUUGUGCUCAUGGAGGAACCGACCAGCUCCUUCGCCGGGGUGGUCGUCAGCGCGGCGUUGAACGUCCUCAUUUUUCUUUCUUGCGUGGGAUUUAUGAUUGGCACCCUGCCCGACAUGAAGACGGCCCCCUGCGAACGGUGCGAACCGGAGCAGUUGAGGGAGCUGAAGGUCUUCGAGUCCAUUUGUGUGGGAGUCUUUGCCCUCGAGUACAUGGUGCGUGUGUGCACAGCUCCCUUCACACGAUCCGAGCUUUUGCACUACGAGGAAGUUUUGGAGUUUGUCACCGAUUACAAGAUGAGCUUUAAUCCUUCGCCGUGGUUACGCCUCACCUACUUCGUGAUCCAGCCCAUGAAUCUCAUUGAUCUUUUCGUCAUUAUACCUUUCAUCGUGGAGACCGCCUUACAAAGCGGUGGCUCCUCCAACUUCACCGUGCUCCGGGUCUUGCGCCUCACACGGCUUUUUCGACUGGUGAAGCUGGGGAAAUCCUUCGAAGUCUUGCAGAUCAUUGGCCGGGUCUUCCACAAGUCCAUCGCGAUGUUUUGGGUCUUCGCGGUGAAUUUCUCCCUGGCGAUGUGCUUUUCCGCUGCCACGAUUUACUUCGUGGAGGGUGGCGAAUGGGAUGAAGACGAGCUGAACUACAUGCGCGUCGGCCACGACGGGGUCCGAUCACCAUCACCGUUCCAGAGCAUCCCGCAUUCCUUUUGGUGGGUCAUCGUCACCUUUACCACUGUAGGCUACGGAGAUGUUGUGCCUGAAACCGUGCUGGGAAAGAUGAUUGGCGCUAGUAGCAUGAUCGUCGGCAUCAUGGUCCUGGCCUUGCCGAUCUCAGUGAUCUCGACCACCUUUGGGGAUGUGUGGCACGAGUGGAAGGAAGAGCUGCGAUUGGACGCCCAGUCAAGAGAGGAAGAUAUGAAGAGCGUGGAGCUGGCACUUCAGGUCAUUCAAAACCGCACCUUCAUGCAUGUCGAAGUCUAUGACCACUUCGAACGAUACACGCCUGAGUUGCUGGGGUCAUGUGAGUGGCGCUCCCUGCCCAUCGAUAAGCACGAGAAGGUGGAAUCUCCGGACGAAGCACACUUCUUGUCUUCGAACGAAGAGAAGCCGCUGGACAUCAAUUUGGGCAUGGUGGUGGUGGGAUACACUUGGACUCCAGCGGCCGGCUAUGACGAGAGUCGCUUCAAGGGCACCUUGCAGGUGAGAAUACGACGAGCAGAAGGACUUCCUCGGAGCGAAUGGAAGAAGGAAGGCAAGCGGAACGUCUACGCGAUCGUGCGAUGUUGGCCCAAGCCCCCACGGAGUGGAUGGAUGGGACAGAGCUUUGAGGAGCAUCACACUACUCAGAUUGUGCACUUUCAGCCGCAAAUUGGAAGCUUCUGGAGUGGGGAAACAGCGUCAUCCCUCCCCCUAGGCUAG